AUGGGCGCCGUUGCUUGCGCCCCGUUGCAGCCGCCCUUGAUCGCCAGCAGUUCCGGCGGCCAGCAGCAUCGCAGGGACACCAGCAGCAGCAACGCCAGCGCCAGCAUGCUCUCUGCCGGCCUCAAGCGCGAGUCCGCUGCGUCUCAGCCAGCACCGGCAGCAGCAGCCUCGUCUCCGGCAGCGUCUUCUUCAGCUUCAGCGUCCGCGUCGGCUCCUGGAGCUGCGGCGUCGACGGCCGUAGAGUCUGCGCCGGCCUCCAUGACCGCUGGCUUCCACCAUCCUCACCAGCAGCAGCAACACCAGCAACAUGCCUCUACGACCAGCCUGCCUUCGACGACGAUACACCAGAGACUGCCGGACAGACAGCGGACGAACGGCUAUGAGAUACACUCGCAGCCAGCCUUUCGACCGGCGUCUGGCGAGUCGACUCCCGCAGCAGCAGCACCAGCAGCAACAUCUAUACCAACAGCAGCAUCUACAUCCCCAUCCUCGCCUACCCGCAUAAAAGUCCGGGAUCUCGCGCACAUCCAGUCCUUUGCCAGCGAGGAAGCCCUGGCCGGCUCCUCGCAGCACCGUCCCGGCGGCCUGCAGCGUCAGUACGAGAUCAGCUCGAUGCCCGUGGCCGACGUGAUCGAGAUGGUCGCCGGCCUGCUCACCAAGAUCACGACCACGAACGACCUGCAGCACGAGCAUCUACACAGACACAUCCCCAGGGCCGAGCAGCGCUCGCUCCCGCCGCAGACGACCAGCGUGCUCGCGUUCCACGGCAAGAAUGUGCCCGGCAUCACCAUCCUCAACUACCUCAGUCGCAUACACAAGUACUGCCCAACCACCUACGAGGUAUUCAUAAGCCUGCUUGUCUACUUCGACCGCAUGACGGAGACCGUCAACUCGCAUCUCCUGCAGCAGAUGCACCGCCGGGCUCAUCUACGGCCUAACCCGAACCCGUCCAUACGCACCAUGUCUACUUCUUCUUCCAACAGGCCACAUACCUCCUCCUCUUCGCCCUUUUUCUCGCCUGCCAACCCGCCCGCCUCCCGCAGGCGCCUCUCCUCCCGGCGGUCGACGGAGACCUCCAUUGCCCGGACUGCAGCCGGCAAGCAGAACCACCAGAAUCUACAUAAUAACCAGCAGCAGCAACAUCUCCCGACCUCUCCGUCCGUCGAUCACCCUAUGCGGUCACCUUCCGUCCAGGACGAGCACGACCAAGAGCCAGAGCACGACCUCAGCGACUCUGACGACGAUCUCUCCGAUGUCUCCGAUGAGCUUAACUUUUCGCAUUUCCUUGUUGUAGAUAGCUAUAACAUACACCGCCUCGUCAUUGCAGGCGUCACUUGUGCUAGUAAAUUCUUCUCCGAUGUCUUCUACACUAAUUCCAGAUACGCCAAGGUUGGAGGAUUACCGCUGAUCGAGCUAAACCACCUUGAGCUCCAAUUCCUCCUGCUAAACGACUUUCGUCUUGCCGUGCCCGUCGAGGAACUAGAGGCAUACGGUACCAUGCUGGUCCAGUUUUAUGCCCGAGAACUGGUUGCUCAGCAGCAGCAGCAGCAGCAGCAGGGAACACCGCAGCCCAGUUCCCACGCCACGACCACAAGCGCCAUGCAGAACCACGGCGAUCCCACGGCCCAGAACGACAGAUUCACACCAACACACACAUAA